AUGACCUCGAUAUCUGAACUUAGCAGCCUACAAAAGACGCUGAACGCGGCAAUUGACACGUUCAAGGCUGAGCUCGCCGCGCAGAAUAUGCCUGAGCUCUCGUUGAACACGUCCAAGCCGCAUCCCAUCGAUGAUCUCGCCUUCAUCCCAACGCCAGCGAUGUUCGAGGCUCGUCGCGCUGCACUUGCCAGUUUGGGUCUUAUCAAAUCGUUGAUUCAGUCUCCGUAUGAUGCGCUUACAGCGAAUACGUGGAUGGUUAUGGAAGUUGCUGGUGUCCGACUUACUGCUGAGAUCGGUCUGGCGUCUAUCCUGGGAGACUCGGAAGAAGGUUUGAGCAUCAAGGAGAUCGCUGAGAAAACAGGCGUUGAUGAGUUGAAACUUGAACGCGUCUUGCGCCUUUUGAUCACUCAAGGAUGGUUCCGCGAACCAAAGCAGGGAUAUUUUGCUAAUAACCGUCUGAGCAAUCUGAUCAAGAAGGGCUUGCCAGGAUUCCACCUUGCAACUUAUAUGAACGAACUCUUCAUGAAAGUUGCGACCAACUUCCCAGAGAUGAUCAAUCAUCCUGACCCGGAAUUCCGCAAGAACACGGACCCGCUGCAUACGGCAUUCCAGCUCGCGUACAAGACCGAUAUCAGCUACUUUGGUGCCGACGGAUGGCUGACGAAAGACCCUGAAGAAGCUGUUAAAUUUGGACAAUCUAUGGUGGCUGUCGGGCCUACAUCGGAUCCCGGUGUUGUUGCAGACUUUGCAUGGGAUGAGAUUGCGAAAGACAAGGAUGGUAUUGUGGACGUUGGAGGAGGACAGGGCUCACUAUGCUGCUCACUCGCAGCCAAGUACCCCAACAUUAAGAAAUUCGUUGUUCAGGAUCUGCCUGAGACACGUGAAGGAGCCGAGGCCUACAUUGCAUCGAAAGGACUUACAGGACGCGUGGAGUUUGAGGUACAAGAUUUCUUCAAGCCACAACAGCGUAAAGGAAAAUAUGUCUACGUGAUGCAGCGAGUUCUGCACGACUGGAGCACUGAGAAAGGCGCGAUCAUGAUCAAACAAAUUCGAGAUGUUUUGAAUGAAGAUAGUUGUCUGUUAAUUGUUGAUACCGUGAUUCAACCGGGAGUUGUCUCUUCUGAAGGCCAGGACCUCGUCCAAUCGCUGUUGAAGCUGAACAAGAGCGUUUAUCAACCGGUGCCACCUCCUGAAUUUAUCCCCGUUGAUUUUGGAGAGGCCAGUCGUAUUCAGCACCAGAUUAAUGUUGCGUUGACUGCUCUGUGCAAUUCGUUUGAGAGGACUUUGCCGCAGUUGCAGGAGAUGGUAGAGCUUGGCGGAAUGAAGAUCAAGAAGGUUAAUGCUACCAGGGGUUGGGCAUCAAUCACGGAAGUCGUCCCAGCUUGA